AUGGCUUCAGCUGGACCAAUGUAUGUACCAUUUUUUGGAAUUCUAGGGGCUUCUGCUUCUAUGAUAUUUUGUGCAUUGGGUGCCUCUUUUGGCACCGCAAGGGCAAGCAUGGGAAUAUCAUGUAUGGCUUUGCGCAGACCCGAACUCUUGAUGAAAUCACUCGUUCCCGUUAUUAUGGCUGGUAUUGUUGCUGUCUACGGUCUCGUUGUUUCCGUUUUGAUUUCUUCUAAAAUUACCGCUGAUAUUACAAUGGAAAGGUCUUUAAGGUAUCUUGGUGGGGGAAUCAGUUGUGGAUUAUGUGGUCUUGGGGCCGGAUAUGCUAUUGGAGUUAUCGGAGAUGCCGGAGUACGCGCUAUCUGUAAAGAACAACGAGUAUUUAUUGCUAUGAUUCUCAUCCUUAUUUUUGCCGAAGUUUUGGGCUUGUACGGCCUCAUUGUUGCUCUCAUUAUGGCAGCCAAUUAG